AUGGAGGCUUUACCAGUGGAACCGAGGCUUACAAUAGAGCCCGGUCUUUUACAGCAACUACCAGAAGAGCUUUCACAAAUAUUUCUCGAAGCUCAGACCAGCUUCCAGCAAGAUCGAUUGGUGCUGGCGGCUCUAAACCCGAGCUAUACAGCUAUAUUAUUCCCACUACUUGAGCCAGUGUUUGUGGACAUAGCUGCUCGAUGGCUCUCCUUGGAUCUGAACAUCCAUCUUGAACAAGUGAUAUCAGCAUUCUCACGGAUUUUACCGCAUUCUCCGUAUUUACGCCCUUUUGCUGAGAAGGCUCUUCAGACUCAGAAUGUGCAUUUGCCGUUGUUCACUGAGUCGUGUCCUUCAGAUAUUUCACGUAUCGAGGAUGAUUCUCUUCUGUCGCUACUCCUGUCAGCCUUUCGGCUGUUAAGUUUCGAUGUGGGCACAUUUUCACAGUACAUAUUCCCACAUCAGCUACAGGCUCUCUUCUCCCAUUCUAAUGGAGUCAUACGGUGUAUGGCAGUUCGUUGCUUCUGUCUGCAUAUACGAGCUGCAGACGCCAUCCUGGAGGAUAUGCUACGGCGUUAUUGCGGCGAGCACCCCCUUGACAAUAAAUGGGAAGGUCAGAUCGUUGAUUUCAGGCUAAUCAGCUUCUGGGAAGAACAAAGAUAUAAAGACCUCAAAACAACACUUGACCAUGGCCGGAAAACUCGUGAUAACAGCUGCUUCGAGCCCUGGAUUAAACAUUUUCGAUCCUCGAAUUAUACGGCAGAAAUCGGUGGUGUCCUUAUUCCCACUGUGAAGCAAAGAACAAACUCUCAACCAUUCAAGCUGGUACAAACAGCCACUGUCCAGGGGAAUCUUCGCAAGGUCGGCGAAGCACUUCUAUCCCAAGCCCCACUAUUACUUGUCGGUCAGCCAGGGGCCGGGAAGACGUCACUGGUCAUGGAGGCUGCAAAUGCAAUGGGGCACGCUUCAUCAAUGAUAACGCUACACUUGAACGAGCAAACGGACUCUAAGAGUUUGUUGGGGGUUUAUUCGACAUCAGCCCAAAGUGGUAGCUUCAAGUGGCAGCCGGGGGUACUAACCCAAGCAGCGAGAGAAGGAAGGUGGAUUUUAAUCGAAGAUCUAGAUCGUGCGCCGGCAGAGGUAAUUGCGGUGAUUUUGCCUUUGAUCGAGAACCGUGAGCUCGUAAUUCCAAGCCGACGUGAAAAUAUUCGUUGCGCCGAAGGCUUCCGAAUUAUUGCUACAAUGAGGUCAUUUUUAAACAGUAGAGGGGAUGAAGUUGCACCAGGAAGCACGAUGCUAGGUGGCCGGUUGUGGAAUACGAUCAAUGUUGCACCGAUACCAACAGAUGAAAUUUCACAAAUAGUCAAAAACGAAUUCCCUUUACUUGACGUUACCCGUUAUGCUGGUACCUUUCUAAAUCUCUACUCCCGAGUUAUAUCUACACUCGUCGGUCCGGGAGCAUCAAGAGGGGCGCAAGGAAGGUCCACAGGCCUUCGGGAUUUGAUGAAGUUUUGCAACAGGGUUGAAGUACGCCUACAAAGGUUAGGGAUUAAGCGUGGAAACGAAUCUGUACCCGCUCGAAUCGAUGACGAAAUCUUCUUGGAUGCGAUUGAUUGCUUCGCAGCCCAUAUCCCCAACAACGAGCUACGGUUGGCGCUUGCGAGUAAUAUUGCAGAGGAAAUGCAUAUUCCACCACAGAAAAUGAGAUUUUGUCUACAAGAGCGCGUUCCCACGUACUCUGAUGAAAAUUUAGAGUUGGCCAUUGGAAGGGAGAUUUGCCAAAAGACGAACUCACGGAAUAUGGCAGGGGGUAAAUAUAGGCAGAACAAAUCAUUUGCUGCUACAAAAAGCUCCCUUCGACUAAUGGAGCAAGCCUCUGCUGCACUGCAAGUUUCAGAACCCAUACUACUCGUGGGAGAGACUGGUAUUGGUAAGACAGCAGUAGUGCAGCAGCUGGCUGCACUCCUGAACCAGCGUUUAACUGUUGUCAACUUGUCCCAGCAAAGUGAGGCCUCGGAUCUCUUGGGUGGAUAUAAGCCAGUUAAUCUUCGAUCAAUAGCGAUACCACUCGUUGAUGAGUUCAACUCUUUAUUUGAGUCCACAUUCUCCGUGAAGAAGAACCGAAAGUUUUUAUCCUCUGUCACAAAGAGUGUUUCCGCAGGGAAUUGGCCACGCCUUGUCAAUGUUUUAAAUGAGGCUGUCAAGAUGGCCGCGGAUCUGUUCAACUCCUCAAAGAAAGUCCAGGAUGACCCAAGUGAGACAACGGAGCAACCUGCUAAAAAACGAAGGCUAGAUAGUUCAAAGUAUAGCUCGUUGUCAAACAAGUGGUCCUCAUUUGCAUCGGAUUUUCGGGAAUUUGAAGCCCGUGUUUUACAGGGAGAUACUAAGUUUUCUUUUGCUUUCGUACAAGGAAAGAUUGUGAAAGCAUUAAAAAAUGGGGAAUGGGUGUUACUUGAUGAGAUUAACCUUGCCUCGCCUGACACUCUAGAGAGUAUCGCAAGUUUACUGCAUCACGGGCGUGAUGGUGCACCGUCUGUUUUACUUUCAGAAGCUGGCGAGAUGGAGCGAGUCGUCGGUCAUCCAGAAUUUCGCAUUUUUGGUGCAAUGAACCCUGCUACUGACGCAGGUAAACGUGACCUAGCCCCUGGAUUGAGAUCUAGAUUUACAGAGCUCUACGUCAGAUCUCCUGAUAGCGAUAUGGAUGACCUUCUCGGCAUAAUCCGCACCUAUCUUGGCCCACUCCUAAACCGUGAUUCCCGGGUUGCAUCAGACCUUGCCAAUGCGUACAUAGAAACGAAAAAGCUGACGGUCGAAAAUCAGCUAACGGAUGGAGCUGGUCAUAAACCCCAUUUUAGUAUCAGAACACUCGUGCGGACUUUGAUGUACGUGACCGACCAGGCGCACAUAUACGGAGUGCGCCGCGCUACAUACGAAGGAUUUUCCAUGAGUUUCUUAACUCUCUUAAGUAAAGAUUCUGAGCGGCUUGUUAUACCUUUGCUGGAGAAACACAUAUUUGGGAAGGUUGGGAAUGCCAGGUCGAUUUUGUCACAAAAUCCUCGAGAAGUAAAUGAUGGAGCUACAUACGUCCAAUAUAAGCACUAUUGGAUGCAAAAGGGGGAUUUCCCACCAGAGGACCAACCGCACUACAUCAUUACUCCAUUCAUUGAAAGGAAUCUUAUGAAUCUAGUACGAGCAAGUUCUACUCGACGGUUCCCUAUUUUACUACAAGGGCCAACGUCCUCUGGGAAAACCAGUAUGGUUGAGCACCUUGCUAAGCUGUCCGGGAACCGAUUUGUUAGAAUCAACAAUCAUGAACACACCGAUCUUCAGGAAUAUUUAGGCUCGUAUGCUACUAGUCAGGACGGUACUCUUAAAUACCAAGAUGGUGUACUUGUCGAGGCAUUAAAAAAGGGGUUCUGGAUAGUGCUAGACGAGCUCAACCUUGCUCCUACAGAUGUUUUGGAAGCUCUAAACCGAUUACUUGAUGAUAACAGGGAACUGUUUGUUCCCGAGACUCAGGAAGUAAUUCGCCCACACCCGAACUUCAUGUUAUUUGCUACCCAGAAUCCUGCGGGUUUGUAUGGAGGGAGAAAAGUCUUGUCCCGUGCAUUCAGAAAUCGAUUCCUCGAGCUGCAUUUUGACGAUAUACCCGAAGAUGAGUUGGAAUUUAUUUUGAAGGAACGUUCCCAAAUCCCCCCGUCAUUCUGUACCAGAAUAGUUUCCGUAUACCGACAGCUAUCUAUCCUACGCCAAUCAAACCGUCUAUUUGAACAACGAAACAGCUUUGCCACACUCCGUGAUUUAUUUAGAUGGGCGAUGCGACACGCGGAUGACCGGGAGCAGUUGGCUGUCCAUGGUUUCAUGUUGCUUGCCGAAAGAGUCAGAAAUAGCCAGGAGCGUGAGGCUGUGAAGAGGGUGAUAGAAAAGGUCAUGGGUGUGAAGCUUGAUGAAACGGAAAUAUACGGCAAAUCCACCGUGGAAGCACGUUUAAAUCAGCUGUCCGCGGCAGUUUCAGGAAACAUUGUUUGGACGCCAGCUAUGAGAAGGCUUUUCAUACUCGUGUCGGAAGCUAUCGAGCAUAACGAACCUGUCCUUCUUGUUGGGGAAACUGGGUGUGGCAAAACCCAGAUAUGUCAAGCUAUCGCAGAGGCCUACGGCAAGGAACUCUUUACUAUCAAUGCCCACGUCAACUUAGAAACUGGGGAUCUCAUAGGCUCACAGCGACCUAUAAGGAACCGAUCCUCUAUUAUGCAACAGCUCGAGGCAGAUAUACAUCUGCUCUUAAACCAGGUUCACGGCGAGCACCUAGGUCCAUUUACGUCAGUUGAUGACCUCAAAAAUGCAUUUUAUGCAGUUGAUUCCUCCGCCUUAGCCACCUGUGAUCCCGAUAUUGUCCAGAGAAUAAGAAUCAACCUAACGAGAGCAAAUUCGCUUUUCGAAUGGUCUGAUGGGAGCUUGGUAACCGCAAUGAAAUGCGGUCAGCAUUUUCUCCUUGAUGAACUCUCACUUGCAGAUGAUUCGGUUUUGGAGCGGCUUAAUAGCGUUCUAGAGACGAGUAGAACAGUUCUACUUGCCGAAAAAGGCCCAGUAGACUCCCUUAUAACAGCUGCUGAUGGCUUCCAGUUUCUUGGCACUAUGAACCCAGGCGGAGAUUAUGGAAAGCGAGAGCUCUCCGCGGCACUGAGGAAUCGACUUACGGAAAUUUGGGUUCCUGAGCUGCUAGAAGACAACGAUAUAUUGCCGAUUCUAGAGGCGAAGGUCCAAUCGCCCUUGAAAAAGGCCCCUCAAGGGAUGGUUGCUUUUGCAAAAUGGUUCAAGGAAAAAUUCCGAGGUCCUACCCAGUCGUCAAUAUCCGUUCGUGACCUAUUAGCCUGGGGGGAAUUUAUCAAUUCUUGCACUCAGCUAGACGCAGAUUCAGCUAUCGUACACGGUGCCUGCCUUGUCUAUAUAGAUGGCCUCGGUGCAAACCCAUCUGCGCUAUUGGCAUCAAGCUCUGGCGACCUUGAAAGGGACAGGCAUUCCUCUUUGGAGAAGUUGGGGCUGCUAUUCUCAGUUGACGCUCUAUCUAUUUACAACCAAAAUUUAACUAUGCAACUUGAUGGAAAUAGCCUAAAAAUCGGUCAAUUUUCCCUCCCCCUUGGUCCUAAGUCUAGCCCAGAUUCCAAAUUUGCCCUCAAUGCGCCUACCACCUUAUCUAACACCGUUCGAGUUGCGCGUGGCUUGCAAUCUAGCAAACCAAUCCUCCUGGAAGGAAGCCCUGGCGUUGGGAAGACAACCCUAGUAGCCGCAUUAGCACAGGUCAUUGGAGUUCAGCUUACUCGGAUUAACUUGUCUGAACAAACCGAUUUAACCGAUCUAUUUGGGUCUGACGUUCCAGUAGAUGGAGGUGAUAUUGGCAGCUUUGCAUGGAGCGAUGCUCCGUUUCUGCGUGCCAUGCAGCAUGGUGGCUGGGUCUUACUGGACGAAAUGAAUUUGGCCUCACAGUCCGUUCUCGAGGGAUUGAACUCAUGCCUGGACCAUCGUCAACAAGUGUACAUUGCGGAACUGGGGCAAACUUUCCGACGGCACCCUGAUUUUGUCUUGUUCGCAGCGCAGAAUCCGCACCAUCAGGGAGGUGGGCGAAAGGGCCUUCCAGCAUCCUUCGUGAACCGAUUUACCGUUGUGUACGCGGACUCGUUUACCUCCAAUGACCUACGCAUAAUUUGCAACAGGCUAAGCCCUACAUGCCCGGCAGAUAGAAUCGACAAACUCGUUGAAUUCACCACUACCCUGAAUACAAAGCUACUCACUGAUCGUCGGUUGGGAGCCCUUGGAGCACCUUGGGAGGUUAAUCUUCGGGAUAUAUCUCGGUGGCUCAAGCUGCUUACUUCCUGUCCUGCGGAGAUUUCUCCCGCUCAAUACCUUGACGUGGUCAUCUCACAUAGGUUCAGGACUACCCCUGACAGGUCGUUCAUUUCACAAUUAUAUGCAAACAUCUUUGGUUCUAUACCCGAAAUCAAAUCCUACUUUCACAAUCUCAGCCCGAAAACAUAUCAAGUUGGCUUGGCAAAAUUGGAACGGAGCACAGAGCUGUAUCAUUCUUCGGUCAAUGACUCGGAAGAAUUUCCUCGCAAUUUGCAUGUCACUGAAUCUAUGAUGCUCUGCGUGGAAAACAGCUGGCCGUGUCUCCUCGUUGGCCCGUCUGGCUGCGGAAAGACUUCUAGUAUACGAAGACUUGCUGCUCUCAGUGGCGCGAAGCUUGUAGAACUUGCUCUUAAUUCUGAUACGGACGCCAUGGAUCUCAUUGGAGGCUUUGAGCAGAAGGAUAGUCAUCGAAAAUAUAUGACAUUUGCAAGCGAACUUGGUAAGAUUUUGCGGCGUGAGAUUGCUCUUGCAUAUGCACACUCUGAGGGUAUCCCACUUGGUCCCGAGCUGGUACGGCUAUAUCAAAUAGUCAUGCAUAGCUCUUUUAACCCCCAAUCACUUCUAGAGCACCUUUCCGAAAUAGUGUCGCAACACCCAGAAAAUGCAUUCCAUGAUAUAUACGAGCAAUGCAAACGGAUAUGUAUCGAUAACGGUGUGAGAGAAGCUGGAUUUGAGUGGACAGAAGGUGUCUUGAUACAUGCUAUGCAACAGGGCAAUUGGGUGGUGCUAGACAACGCCAAUCUUUGCAAUGCAACAGUCUUGGAUAGGCUUAACUCCCUACUGGAACCGAAUGGCUGUCUCAUUGUAAAUGAACGCAAGUCGCCAGACGCCCUAGCACAGGUUAUCACUCCACACCCUAAUUUCCGACUGUUCUUGACAGUAGACCCUCGACACGGCGAACUUUCUCGAGCCAUGCGAAACAGAUCUGUUGAAAUCUACUUCCUACAGGAGGAUGAGAUAAACACUUCCCGCUUAAGUGGAGCAAGAUAUCUGAACGAGGCUGCAAUAUAUCGCAUCCGGGAAUGUCAGAACCUAAUGCACUCUGAUGAAUCGCUCAACGAUGACCCUCAAUCAAUCGGAAUUGGUCUUGAUCAUCUAUCGCCUCGGGACUUAACUUACCUCCACUACUCCAUCAAAUCAUUUGUUCAGCUGUGGACCAGAGGCUCAACGAUAUCUCCGAUGGCUGCCGAAUUGAUGAUUGAAGGUUAUAAUACUCUCCUUAGUCGCAAUGCACUUCUUGGGCAAUUAGAAUCCAUUGGUCAAGAGGGUGUUAUAGUGUGCAAAAAUGUUGAUAGCCAAGAAAAAAUAGAGCCUUUACACCCACUAAUAAACCAGCCACGACUACUUUCCUUCUUUCCAGCAGAGAAUUCUCAAAAGAUGCUGAUCAAGGCGGCGAAAUUGCAGGAGCUCCAACUACAAAUUGUCCAUUUUUAUCAGCAACUUUCGCAAAUGGAGUCUACUGCCAGGAACAAAAAGUCGUCGGAAAUGACUCAUAUAGAACGAUCGAUGACGUCGAUGACUAUACAGUCACAUUUAAAGGAUUCGACUCAACCAGUUGCUAGCUUUCUGUACGGCUGUUGCAGCGCGUUGAAUAAGUCCCUUGAGACACUCACUUUGGAAACAUGCUCUGAUAGCGCCCUUCAACUGGCAGAGGAUAUCAUACACUUUUGCUGGGACGUCUUCCGAUUGACGCAAGGCAAAAUCCUAGAUAAUGCCGUGUUUUUGACAUAUCUUCUUAUUGGGAAGGCCAUCUGCCUAAGGUUCGAGCAUACCUGCUCGGAUCUUCAAAGUAAUUUUACUGAGCUUUUAAGCUCAUUUAACGCCAAUUGGAAGUUAAGUACUGGGGAAAGCAUGCAGCGUAUGUGGGACCUGUGGCGUCCAGCCACUCCCACGAAUCCCCGUCAAUUAGCACAAAAGGUGGAAUUUGAAAAGCUCCGCGCAAGAUAUGAUCGGGUUGCAUUGAGAUCUCGAGUACCUAUUCAUGAGUUAGGUCGGAUUUAUGACUCCUUUCUACACGUCCAAACGUCAAUUCUACGUGGAGCGGAUAGCACAGCCUUACUACCCGAAUUAAACAGCACGAUAAGUCACUUUAAGGCUCAAGCACUAAAAGCUGACCCAUAUGAUACUCCUCAUUUUGCCUCGGAGUUUGAAACGUUAUGUCAAUACAACGAUUUGUUAGAUGACGGGCCCUAUACCCCAUCUCCGCUUCCAGGGUCCAUCAGGCUACUUGCUGGCAGAGCCUCUCGCCCUAAUGAAAUUUCCUCGAUCGGUAGUGCUGUUCCUGGAUUACUAUCCAAACUCACGCAAUACCUGGGAUGCCAGAACUCAACUUGUGGCCCGUUUGCAUUGCUAGGAAAUAUUUCUAACUCCCUCGUGCAUAAAUUCGAGUGUAUUGGCCAGGUUCCUCUUGGUCAGAUAGACCUACUUGAGUCUGAAAUUGGUCUCCUCUCCGAAGGUUUGGCUGCGAAUACGUUUCAACUUUCUAGAAACCAGCUUGCCCUUCUACAACGCCAACUAGCAAUAUUAUUCAAAGAACUGCUCCUGUGUCACAGUGAUUUUAUCGACACAGACUCUUUUUAUACCGCUAUGCAACAAUUGCAGGAGCUUCAACCAGGGGAAAUGGAGUGCUUGGAGACCUCCUCUAAAUGGGGGGUCCAAAAUCACCCAAAAUUUGCAGAUCACUCGUUGGCCCGACAUCUACUUGGAGAUAAAAUUCCCAGUUUGCUUCAAGGAGUCUAUGGCCCCAUAGCCGAAAAAGAUGCUAUCGCCCAGCUAGGUGAACUUUGCGUCAGGCUAUCAAUAGGGCUACUACACUGCUAUGUUCCAAACAGGCCCUUCGACCCAUCACUGAGCCUAGCUAUUGAACAUCAACAACAUAUCCAGCGGUGGCGGGAGCGAAGCAUGAAGCUUGAUUGCCUUCGUGCAUGUGAACUUCCAUUUUCUGGGCAAAAGUCGACCUUACGUAUCCAAGCAGCUGAAGAUGAACUGGAGUUUCUUAGUGCAACGCCUCCAGACACUCCCGUGACCCGUCCAGAAUCCUCUAGAUUGGACAAUGUGCAAGCCCAGUUCACCAGCAUACUUAACUCGGUUUUGAAUCAAUCUGUUGAGGAGAUCAUAUCAGCCUCGUGCAUACCUAAUUCUGAAACACCAAGUCAAAACAACUCGGCCCCGGAGACACUACUCCAGCUCAAUAUUCGUCAGAUAGUCCGUCGACUUUCUGUUAACUCCCCAGGAUAUGAUGAUAUAACUAUCCUAGCUAUUAGAUUCCUUCAACUUCUUGACCAAGGGAUAGAGUUGAUUCGCCAUGGCCGAGUUGAUCCCACCCAGGACGCUACGACUAUCCUUAAUAUUUGCCGAAUAACUCCAUUCUUGGGGCCACAUUUACCAGAUCUAUCCUCAGCCACUACACCUUCUCUCAAGGGAAACCAGGACAUAAGGGCGGAGGCCGAAAUUCACAAGCUAUUGAUACUUGGCGCAGCUCAGAAUGUUGAUGAACAGACCCUCUCAGAGCCUGUUCAUGUAAACAUUCUGCAUGGUGUUCUUGAUAGAGCUUAUGUUACGUGGAAGGAGAAGUUAGAAAAAGACCAGUCUCAAGAACUAGAAAAGUCCAAAUUCUACCAUUAUCGAGGGUCAUUUGAAGAUGACGAGCAAUUGGAUUCUAUGGAAAUGCUUCGACUAUUCCCUAUCUACGACAAUCAUGAUGAGCCUGACGACGAAACUCCGGCGCAUAGUUUACAAACUGGUGACCUGCGUCUGAAACUCUUCACAGCCUUCAAGAAUCUCUUCGUGCCUGGAGAUAAAACCCUCCGCUUGAAACAUGCAGUCAAGGAAGCAUAUCGCCUAGUCGGGUUAUUGACGCACCACUUAGGUUUAGCAACGGCUCCAGUAGAACUUAAGUACCACCUUGCUCCUGUUUUCCUUCAGCUGGAAGACAUCCACCAAAUAGACAAGGUCAAUAACUACAACUUUUACACCGAUCCUAACACGGCAGAAAUCAAAAAAUUCGCGUCCCUUGUUCAGAAGGUGCAAACUCGCUUUUUCCAGCUACAAGAAUCAUGGCCUGAGCAUGCAACACUUACUGAUGUUGUGAACUGGUGUUCAAAAAUAUUUAAGUAUCAGCAUCGAGAACCACUAGCUAAAUUCCUAACAAUGGCCGAGAAACUUCAUGAACACGUACAUGAGUGGCAGACAGUUGCGAGCAAAGAGUUUUCUGCUAUCGAUUGCUAUAACGACUUGACUUCGACAUUAAUUCACUGGAGGCGACUCGAGCUGUCCACUUGGUCCCGUUUACUGGACGUGGAAGACGAAAAAUGCCAGGAAAACGCAGCUUCUUGGUGGUAUAUGGCAUACGAAGUCAUUGUUGCCGUUCCAUUACAAUUGAUACAGGAUAGACAGCAGUUGGAUAGCCAUGUUUCUGAUCUGCUAGUCACUCUUGAAAAAUUUCUCCAUGCCACCCCAAUGGGACAGUUCGCUUCUAGGGUUGAUCUUAUUGAAAAGUUCAAACUUCUCCUAUUGCUCUAUGUUACUGAGCUGCCAGCCUUGAAGCAAGUGAUAUCCGCUCUCGACAAUCUUCUUGGCCAUUAUAGACCGUUCGCUUCCCCAAUCCACACUUCGCUACAAAAUGGACGGCAAAGCCUUGAAAAAGAAAUAAAAGAACAAGUUCAAUUGGCAAGCUGGAAGGAUACCAACAUCACAGCGCUACGGGAAAGUGCCCGCCGUUCUCAUCAUUCAUUGUUCAAAAUCAUCCGAAAAUAUCGACGUUUACUCGCACAACCCUGCGAAGAACUCCUUUCAAGAGAAAUCCCUGGGGGUAUUCCGGAAUCUCAGAACCCGUUAAUUCCCCAAUUGCACUCUCCCAAAGCCGUGGCUUCCGCUGCAUUGAACCUGUAUCAGAAGAAUGGAGAGCUCUGGGGUUCAAGACCCACAAGGUUCCAAAAUCCCGAUUCCACAGCUAGAAACAUGUGCCAAGUUUACGAAGGCGCCUUACCUAAGUUCCAAGCAGCCACCGAGCUCGAGGGGAUCAUGGCUGAUGUGGUUAUGUCCAUUUCAGAUUUCCAAAAGCGAACACCAAAGACCCUUACAAAAGAAAACAAGGAGGAAAUUCAACACCUCAAGGCCCAAAAGCGUAGCUUUUAUGCAACUAAACUCAAGGAACUACGCCACAUGGGCCUUAGGUCUAAUCUUGGGACAGACUUACUAGAUAAGCAACGCUCUGUUAGUCUCGUUCUUGCUACGACGUCAAGCUUUGACUUCCACCAUUCUGUUCCCUUUGCUGUCAACGCGAAUGAGUAUUUCCAUCGUUUUCUUCAUAUGGUCCCAAGUGUGCGCCAAGCAGCACGCAACUAUUCAGAAGACUUGAGUAAUGUUGAAGCUGGACGGAGUGCUGGGUUCACUGAAGGGUUCCUAUAUCAAAUGCUAAGGCAGAGAGACGUACUAUCUCCUGCCCUGGCUUCUCUUGAAUCACUCGAUAGCAUCUUUAAAUUGGCAUCUGCUAUUUCUAGCAAUUCAAUCAUACGUGCUAGUGGCGGGGCCGCCUGGCAACAGCAAACGACCUACCGCACCCUUAAAUGGCUACCUACUAUCAUAGAGCUGUCUUCGACAAUUCUAACCAUCCAUGGCAAACACUCUAAUACCGGUUCUUCUGCAAUACUUUCUUCCUUGACCUCGUGGAGAGAACGCGCAAAUUCCUUGCAGGAGCAGUUAACCACCCUUCCGAUCCUCCCGCGCCGAUUGUUAUCUCAAUCCCAUGAGGCCAUAACCGUUGAAGCGAAGGAGUUCAUAGCAUGUAUGAAAUCGGAAAUUUUGACACACAUGCAAUCCCAACCCGAAAUUGCAUUUGCCCUUAAGCAACUACUCCUCUGGACAGAACAUAGUGCUGAAGAAGUCUCCCAUGCGUCUUAUGACAACACCAUCACAUCUUCGUUAAAGGGGGUGGACUCCUCUAUCCUUACUGCUAUGGACAAAAUCCUAGUCGCUUUGCAAAGAGUGCAAGGUUCAAUUUCGAACGCCCCUAUAUCGACUGAUAUUACUGCCUGGCUAUCAAAGACGGACGUAUCGUUUUCUAAAUCUAUUGUUGAGCUCCACAUUGAUGAAAUUUCUUCCACACUGAGAUCAAUUUUCGAUGGAAUAGAAACCAUAUCUGACCCUAACGACCUUGAUAUUGCGAUUGCCGGCGUCAGCCUUAGCCUGCCGGUUUUGGAACAAUAUCAAUAUAUUUGCUCAGAUUUGGUCUAUCGAUACGCCGCCUUCCACUAUACGUUUUGCAAAUUCGGGUACACCUUGGCUAAGUCUUUCAAACAGGUAGCAUCAGAAGGCUUUUGUAGCCCAUCAGUACCGUCCGAGCAGCAAGGGCAAAGCGAUAAGGUAGAAAGCGGAACUGGCCUUGGCGAUGGUGAAGGCGCAGAGGAUAUAAGCAAAGAUAUCCAGGAUGACGAGGACCUUUCAGAGCUUGCACAACAAAAGCAGGAAGAUGGAGACAAGGAAGAUUUGGAAGGAACUGAAGACGCGGUCAACAUGGACCAUGAGGAACUCGAGGGACAGGAGGAUGAAUUUGCUAAAGAAAAAGAGGAUGGUGAUGAGGGUGAAUCAGAUGCGGAAGAGGAAAAUGACUUGGAUGAAGAGGUUGGAAGUGUUGAUGGUUGGGACCCGUCGGCGGUGGAUGAAAAGCUAUGGGAUGGCGCGAAUGAUAAAGAACAGAAGGACACAGAAAAUAACGAUGGUAAAGGCGACGAAAACACAGAAGAGAUCUCAGCCGCAGCUGAGGAGCGAAAGGAUGAGAAAUCAGCGAAAAACGAAGCCAGGGAGGACCAAGAUGCCGUUGAAAGCGAUGAAGACGCGCCAGACGAUGAACAAGAAGGUGUUGGCCGAGAAGACAUGGAUGUAACUGAUCCACAUGCCCAGGAGAACGAAGUUCUUGAUUUGCCGGAGGAUAUGGAUUUGGAUGGGGAGAAAAAAGAAGAAGAAGAAGAAGGCUCUGACGCAGAGGGCGGCAUGAGUGAAAUUUCCAUGGAAGAUGCCGCUGAUCAAGAGGAUUUACCAGAUGAUAUCAUUGAACAGGACAAUACAGAUGCGAGAUUGGGGAGCCCCGAUGCUGAUAUGGCGGAGGCGGAGAAUGAUACCAAUGAAGAAGGUCAGGCGGAGGAAGCCGGUGAGCAGGAGCAAGUACCCCAGCAAGAUGACGAAGAAGAUAAAGGGGAUAUCAUCCCGGCAGAAGACGAGCAACCAAAACCCAACCCGGAUAACACCGCACCCAGUGACCAGGUUUCUGCUGGUGUUGAGCACGAUCAGAGUAAUGAGAAGGGCUCUUCCGGAGACGCUGCCAUUGACCAACCAACUAAUAAAAUGGAGGAAGAUGGUGAAGGUGAGGGCGACGGUGCCGAGGAGCAAGGUCGAGAUGGAAAACAAUCCAACAUGGAAGCUGGCGAUGCGAACAAGGAUGAAAAACAAGACCCGCAACUUCAGGCGUUUAAGAAGCUCGGCGAUAUCCUUGAACAGUGGCAUAGGUCUCAUCGGGAAAUACUGGAGGCUUCUGAACAAGAGAACGAACAAAGCCAAGAACAAGAUAUUGGCGAGAAAGAUGUCGACUUUGAACACCUGGCGGACGAUCAGGAUAUUGCUGAUACACAGGCCCUUGGGCAGGCAAAUGAGGAACAAUCACAGGCGAUGAACCAAUCCAAGGCAAUAGAAUCAGACACUAAGCCCCAAGAUAAUGAAUAUCUUCCAGACGCUCAAGAAAUGGAGGACUCCAAGGUACCCGAUAACCUAGAGGACUUGAUGGAAGUUGAUGCCCCAGUCGCCUUGAACGACCAACAGCAACCUGCUUCUUCCAUUUCACGCCCUGAUAACGCGAUGGUUCGUUCUCAUGAAGAUGAAGGUAACCCCGCGGAAGAGAAGGAUGAUCUUGACGACGUCGAUACCCAUCUUUCUAUUAUUAACCUGUCAUCCGAUUCCACCCCCUUGACCCCGCCAGAUGAAGCACGCAGGCUUUGGACCUAUUAUGAGUCUAUCACUCAUGAUCUUUCCCUCUCGUUAACAGAACAGCUUCGCCUUAUUCUAGCCCCUACCAUGGCAACAAAACUCAGGGGUGACUUCAGAACCGGCAAGAGGCUUAAUAUCAAACGCAUCAUCCCUUAUAUUGCCUCUCAAUAUAAGCGUGACAAAAUAUGGAUGCGUCGGUCUGUGCCCUCAAAGCGAAAUUAUCAAAUAAUGCUUGCGGUAGAUGAUAGCAAGUCCAUGCUAGAGGGAGCGAGUGGUCAGCUUGCAUUCCAAACCCUCGCUUUGGUUGCAAGGAGCUUGAGCAUGCUCGAAUCUGGUGAUCUAUGUAUCGUCAGCUUUGGAAACGAAGAGCAUAUUCGCGUAGCUCAUGACUUUGGGAAACCAUUUUCUUCAGAAGCGGGGUCCCAGGUGUUCCAGCAUUUCAGUUACAAACAAACCGGAACGAACGUACGGCAGCUCAUCGCGGAUUCGAUGACAUUGUUCCGCGAAGCCAGGGCUAAACGACCGUCUUCUUCAGCCUCUGGUGACCUCUGGCAGCUAGAAUUAAUAAUAUCCGACGGUAUUUGCGAAGACCACGACAGAAUCGCCCGACUCGUUCGCCAGGCGCAUGAAGAGCGCAUUAUGCUCGUUUUCAUUAUUGUCGAUGCAGUUCAGGAGGAAAGCCGAUCUAUUAUGAAUCUCUCUCAGGCCACGUUUGAGUCCGAUGGAUCGGGCCCGGGUGACGGGAAGUGGAAAAUGAAAAAGUAUCUUGACGGCUUCCCUUUCCCCUAUUAUUUGAUUGUGAGAAAUGUUCAGGAGUUACCGGCUGUUUUGUCCCUGGCGUUGAAACAAUGGUUCGCGGAGGUGGUGGAGGUUUCUUCUUAA